CCGUCGAUUCUGCGUACCAAUGGGGCGUAAACCUGUCUCGCUGACAGACGCUCGCUCUCUAUGUCUCUUUCUCUCUCUUAUGUCUCUCUCUAUAUUGCUUCUGGUUCUCUGCGUCUAAUUGCGUUGUCUAUCUCCUUCUCCUUCUUCUUCUUCUUCUUCUUCUUCUUUGUUGGUCUACUGUGUACGUGACGGCUCGUCAAUCAAGCGAACAAGUAUCUCUUGUCUCUGUCGACUGGUUUGGUGUUUGUGAAAAACGACUGCGACUCUCUCUACUGCUCUACCUGUUGUGGCAUGCAGCAGUAGCGAUAGGCAGCGUCAAGGCUCGAAACGGGGUAUCGAAAAGGGCCCAGCGGUGCUGGCGCAACGCUUCUUUUGCGAUCUGCCGGUCGGAUAUAAGGAAUGGAUGCCAGUCGGUGUGCGGGGACGCUGUCAAAGACAACCGCUGAGGCUGCAGCAGAGGCAGCAGGAUCAGGAGGUAUAAAGGGGGAGCCAGGAAUGGGCACAGAGAGAAGAGAAGAGAGGCUGCCGACAAGCAGACGAGUGGAGGAGAGGAACGCAGCAGCGAGACUGCGUGCUAACGGCAGUACAGGCAGCGACAGUACCUCCGCAGGCGCGCAGCGGUGGGCAGAUACUCGGCGCGAGGUACCGUCGCCCGCAGGCGCUACGGCCAGACACCCAAAGGGCAGCAUCAUGCUUUUUGGUGGGCAGGCAUCAGUUGAUCUACAGGCUCUGGGGGCUGCUAAUUGGGACGAUUGGGGCGGUUUAGCGCGCCAGGCUCGAUUUCAGGGGGCUCAACUGGGGGGCUGCAGAGGGGGGGCGCUUCGGCGACCCUUUUUUCCAUCGUUUUCUCCCGUUCUUUUUUUCCUCCCUGCCCGCCACAGCCGUCGUCGCUGUGGCUGUUUUCUGCUCCCCCCUUUGGCCCUCUGGCCGCUACCCCGUGGUAUUGCCAUCUGCCAUUGUGUUUAGCCAGACGCCAGGUUUGCCACCGUGGCAGCAAGUCGACGCCGUCGCGCCGCGCACUGCAUGUAUCGUGGACUCGCGCCAGCUGCGACUAGUGCCCAAAGCCCCGAGUACUAGUACAGGCGCUGGCGUCCCUUAGGCCGAGCUGGG